GUUCGAACCGGUACUUACCGUCAACUUUUCGGUCCCGAACAACUAAUAACCGGUAAGGAAGAUGCUGCCAACAACUACGCCCGUGGUCAUUACACGGUCGGCAAGGAGAUCAUUGACCUCGUCCUCGACAGGGUUAGGAAGCUGGCCGAUCUGUGUUCUGGACUCCAAGGGUUCUUGGUCUUUCAUAGUUUCGGUGGAGGCACGGGUUCAGGUUUCACAUCGCUUCUCAUGGAACGACUUUCAAUUGACUACGGCAAGAAAUGCAAGCUCGAGUUCGCCAUAUACCCCGCACCUCAGAUCUCAACUGCCGUGGUGGAACCUUACAACUCAAUCUUAACAACCCAUACCACACUGGAACACUCCGACUGCGCCUUCAUGGUCGACAACGAGGCCAUCUACGAUAUCUGCCGUCGAAACCUUGAUAUCGAGCGUCCGACGUACACGAAUCUCAACCGCCUGAUCGGACAGAUUGUAUCUUCGAUUACGGCGUCGUUACGCUUCGACGGCUCUUUAAACGUCGACCUGACGGAGUUCCAGACCAAUCUGGUGCCCUAUCCUCGUAUCCACUUUCCCCAAGUUAUCUACGCCCCAGUUGUCUCGGCUGAGAAGGCAUAUCAUGAGCAACUAAGCGUUUCAGAGAUCACCAACUCAUGCUUCGAGCCAGCCAACCAGCUAGUCAAGUGUGAUCCUCGUCAUGGGAAGUACAUGGCCUGCUGUCUCCUGUACCGUGGUGAUGUCGUCCCCAAGGAUGUCAACGCCGCAAUUGCUAGCAUCAAGACCAAGCGUACAAUCCAGUUUGUCGACUGGUGUCCAACUGGCUUCAAGGUCGGUAUCAACUACCAGCCACCCACUGUCGUCCCUGGUGGCGACCUUGCUAAAGUUCAACGCGCCGUCUGCAUGUUGAGCAACAACACAGCAAUUGCCGAGGCAUGGGCUCGUCUCGACCACAAGUUCGAUCUGAUGUACGCCAAGCGUGCUUUCGUCCAUUGGUACGUCGGAGAGGGUAUGGAGGAAGGAGAAUUCUCUGAGGCCCGUGAAGAUUUGGCCGCUCUCGAGAAGGACUACGAAGAAGUCGGAACUGACUCCGUCGAUGCAGAGGGAGAGGAGGCCGAAGAAGAUGAAUAUUAAAUAAAAAACAUUUCUCUCUGUAGAUGUAUGCAUGCGAUAUUAAUUUAUUGAAGUUUUGAAAUUAUAUUAUGGAGGCACAAGGAGACUCUUUUUCUGCAUUCCCUAGUGCCUUACAUCUUUCUUUUGCUACUCCUUUUAAAUCACUGUUCGUUAAAGUAAUAUUUAUAUUUUCUUUUGUAAUACUGAAUACAUUUUAGAAAGAGUUUUCAUCCAACUUAAUCAUACUCUGAAAUUCCAUGAGUAAAUUUGUAGUGCGGAAGACCAGACCGCCACGGCCGAGGUCAGAUUGUCCGUGGAAAAUGUCAAGGACCGAAGGCCAAUCACUUUACAGCUCCUCUGCCAAGUGCGAGGCCAAUCAGACUACAAGUAGUCAUCCGAGACCAAAUGCAGGAAUAAGGAUGUUAUCUUCGAGAGUCACAACGCUGAGACCAUGCCAAAUCUCGAAAAGAACUAUGAAUUAACCUGCAGGAGGGGUGGUGGAUCUAUACCGCCUUUGAGAUUGGGAGGAUGUUAACCACAUUUGCGCAAUUAUCACUUUAUAUGCGAUUUGGAUAGUUGUGAGGGCCGGUGUGAGGGAUAAACAGGUUUGCUUAUGCUGUAAAAUAUAUAAGCAUAAUCAAGAAUUGACGGAAGCUCUCCAACGUUACAAGUUGAGAGCAUGGCGGGGGCAAACCAAAACAAAAAGGAAUUAUGUUAAAUUCUGAAUCAUCAGAAAUCUUCAAUCUUUCCCUCACUUUCCUCAAUCGAAAGGCUUAGAGGUCUAUUAAGAAAUAAAAUUUGAGCAAAAAGUCAUAUUCCUAAAGGGUUACACAAGAAUACCAUACCAUAUAUAUAGGUUGGAGAAACCAAUUCCUUGCCUGAGUGUGAUAAAUUAUUCCUUUUCGAACUGCCUCAUCAUGGCAAAGUUUGGGUUUCUUUUUAGUUUCUUAACAAUGGUAUUCCUAACCCUCAGCCAUUUCUUUAUUAUUUAAGAUUUUUUUUCUUCUAAAGAACAGCUUUAUUAAAUCGUGUUUAUAACAAUGAUUUUAUCGUAGAUUAUAUCUUAUUCUUGUCUGAAAUAAUAUUGAUGUCUGUAUCCUUGCUAUUAUUUGUUCAUCCAUUCUAGUUUGCAAUCGCAUAUAUAUUUUUUUUCGUUCUUAGAUAUUUUGUAGUUUUACUUAUUAAAUCUCCUUGUAAACAAUGACCCCUCCCUUAUCUCUUAAUAUUAGUGGUAGAAACAUAGGAAUUUAUUUAGUAAAUUAUUUCAUAACAUUCCAUAAAUUACCUGUUUUAGAGCAAUCUAAACGCUUUUUUUUUAGGGAGCGCCCCAUGUCUGUACAUAUUCUUAUACAAAAAAAUCAUUAGACUGUUUUGUAAAUGAUGAAUCAUGGUAAGAAUUUUUUGCUGAAAAAAACGUAUAUUGUUUUUGUUCAGAAUUCAAUAAAGCCAAUACCUUGGAAAUCAUAUAUAUUACAUGAAAAUAAUGAUCUGACUACGUACGCUGACAAUAACAAAUCAAACAUUCGAUGUGCCCAAAGUUUACAUUUAUUUCGGCAUGACAUUUUAUGCGAAAGAGAUAUAACAAUCAGAAUAUUCUUACCUCCUAACUUCAAUUUCUCUUUUUAAUGCCUUUUAUAUUUAUUUGUCGAUAUUAUUUAAAUUUGAUUUGUUUGAAUGUACCGCUUGACAAUCGAUAGGAUCUUUGUGUUAACUAUCAUCUAAUAAGUAGAAUCUGUUGCGAAAAGGAAAAAAAAACCGCUUUCUUUUCAAAUUUUGCAUGAUUUGGUAUGUUUGCUUACAACUCACAAGAGCUGCUCUGAUGAUACAUUGUAUGUCUUUUUUUACUAAUAAAGCUAUCCACGUUUUCAUCAUUGAUACAUUCAAA